AUGUCUCAAAAACGUAAACGUGUUGUUUUAGGACUUAAUCAAAAACUUGAAAUUAUAAAACGCUUAAGAAAGGGCGAAACUGCAACAAGUGUAGCACUGAUUUAUGGUAUUGGAAGAACAACAGUUAACGAUAUAAAACGUGAUGCUGAUAAAAUAGAACAACAUGUGUCAACAAUGCAGAGCAUGGAUGGAGAUGUGCGAACAAGAAAGACAAUGAAACCUGCAAAAUAUGAUGAAUUGGACACUGCAAUGUACCGAUGGUUUAUACAAGCAAGAAGUCAGGGGAUUCCUCUUUUUCAAAUUUUGAGUGAUGACGAAAUUGUUGCCAACGUAAGUGCCACCAAAGAAGAAGAAGAAGAAGAAGAAGAAGAAGAAGAAGCUGAUGAAGACGAGUGUUCAAACCAUGAAGAAAAACAAACUAUUAGCCAUUUAGAGGCCGAAACAAUGCUGUCCAAGUGUAUAGAAUGGUUUGAAAGUCAAGAAGAGGCUAAUGCAACGCAAGCAAUACUGCUCCGAGAAAUACGAAAUAUCGCCGCGGUGAAAGCUCGAACAUCAAAAAGGCAGAAGAAAUUGACUGACUAUUUCCAAGCUAGAUAA